CCUAGGAAUCUUCACAAAUCCCUUGGAGAAGGAUUAACAUUUUGGGGAAUUCUGUCCAAAGAACUUCAAGAUAGUCACAGAGCCGAAUCAUCUAGUUCUGUUAUAAAAGGAAUUCUGUUUAGGCAUGAUUCAUUCAAGUUCUUUUAAGAGCCACUGAAUUCACUGAAAAAAAGACAUGGCUCCGUGGCCUGAACUGGAAGACACAAACACCAAUAAAUAUAUUGAAGAACCUUGCUCCAAACCAAACGAGAUUAUGUCUGAAAAGGAGAUGAAAGAUACCAAAGAUGGGGCCAUUUCCACAGGGAAUCAGCUGGAACUUUUGCCUGCAUAUUCCACCAUAGCUUUGACUGCUGAAUCUGAAGAAGAAGAUCCAUGGAGUUUGCCAGAGCUUCAGGAUACUGGAAUCCCAUGGUCAGAGCUCGAUGGAAAACACAAAGUCCUUUAUAUUUUACGAGGCAUAGGGAAAUUUAUUCUUCUGCUUGGAUUGCUUUAUUUUUUUGUUUGCUCCUUGGAUGUGCUCAGCUCUGCCUUCCAAUUAGUCGGAGGCAAAGCAGCAGGGGACAUUUUCAAGGAUGGUUCAGUCUUGUCAAAUCCCGUUGCAGGCCUGGUCAUUGGGGUUCUGGUCACAGUGAUGGUGCAAAGCUCUAGCACAUCUUCUUCUAUCAUUGUCAGCAUGGUGUCCUCUUCGUUACUGAGUGUUCAGCAUGCUAUUCCAAUCAUCAUGGGAGCCAAUAUUGGGACUUCGGUUACAAACACCAUUGUGGCGCUCAUGCAAGCUGGAGACAGGAACGAAUUUAGAAGGGCCUUUGCUGGUGCCACAGUCCAUGAUUUCUUUAACUGGCUUUCAGUAUUUGUACUAUUGCCCAUUGAAGUUAUCUCCCACUAUCUCUACCGCCUCACCAAUCUUAUUGUGGACUCGUUUCAGCUGGAAAGUGGGGAAAAUGCCCCUGAAUUACUGAAAGUCAUCACAGACCCUUUCACAAAACUUAUCAUCCAGCUUGAUAAAUCAGUGAUAAAUGCAAUUGCUACAGGAGAUGAAUCAGCAAAAAAUAAAAGCCUGGUGAAGGUUUGGUGCAAAACUAAAACUAAUGUGAUUGCAUUGAAUACGACCAUCCCACCAUCCGAAAAUUGCACAUCUUCAGACCUUUGCUGGACCUAUGGAAACAUGACCUGGACUGUCAAAAAUGUGUCGGGAACAGAAUAUAUUGCAAAAUGCAAGCACAUUUUUGUAGGAGCAAACCUUCAGGAUCUUGCCAUUGGCCUUAUCCUGCUCGCACUGUCUUUGCUUAUCCUAUGCACUUGCCUGAUACUGAUUGUUAAAUUGCUGAAUUCGGUCCUUAAAGGACAAGUAGCAAAUGUUAUCAAGAAAACACUCAAUACUGAUUUUCCAUUUCCAUUUUCUUGGGUAACUGGUUAUCUGGCUAUGCUGGUAGGAGCAGGCAUGACCUUCAUUGUUCAGAGCAGUUCAGUGUUCACAUCUGCUAUCACUCCACUUGUUGGAAUUGGGGUUAUAAGUAUUGAACGGGCCUACCCGCUAACCUUGGGAUCUAAUAUUGGUACAACCACAACAGCUAUUUUAGCUGCACUUGCCAGUCCUGGAAAUCGACUGAAGUAUUCCUUACAGAUUGCUUUGUGCCACUUCUUUUUCAAUAUCUCUGGGAUCAUCCUCUGGUACCCACUUCCUUUUAUGCGCCUGCCCAUUCGCUUGUCAAAGGGUUUGGGGAACAUAACUGCCAAGUACAGAUGGUUCGCCAUUUUCUACCUCCUCACCUGUUUCUUCUUGAUCCCCUUGGCUGUCUUUGGCCUUUCAGUGGCUGGCUGGCCAUACCUGGUGGGCGUGGCUGUUCCCAUCUUUGCGGCUUUGAUCUUUGUGCUCAUCGUCCACCUUCUGCAGAAGAAGAAACCACACCUGCUCCCCAGGAAGCUCCAAAGUUGGGAUUUCCUUCCGAGAUGGAUGCACUCCUUGAAACCCUGGGAUAAUGUGAUAACCGCUGCAACCGUCACCUGUGGCAAAUACUGUUGCUGCUGCUGCAAAUGUUGUCGAAACAAGGAGGCUGCCCAAAGUGAAGAAGCUAAGCACACAAAAGCGGUGGAAAUUCAUGAGAACCCUGUAUCUCUGGCGGAUGAAGAGAACUGUCUUCCCAAGGCCACCAAAACAGAGCAAACGGGCUUGAGUACUACUGCCUUGUAGCAGAAAGGGGGAAGUUGAGAAUGGAGGUCCAAGGACAGAAUGCUGAGGGGCCAGUGUAGUGGGAAAAUGGGAAAUGUAUGCCAGUGACUUCCACUCAAUGAGAAGAUUGCACCAGUGAUGGGUAACAAUGGUUGUCAGCAGACCUUAAGUCAUGUCUAAAUCAUGAGAUGCACCUUCAGGUCAUCAGCAAUGUCACAACCUCGCCCCACCUCUGCUCAAACCAGGGGACAAGUGAAAUCCCAUAGUGAACUCUACUUGUUCUUAAAGCUCUGUGGGCAAGCAGUGGUUCUGUUUGUCACUGCUAAAGCUCCCUCAUUUGCAGUCCUGUAGAAGUCCAAUUUACUCCACGUUCUUCAUCAGCAGAUCCACAUGUAGGACAUAUAGCCACAUGGCAGAUCAUAUAACUAGUAGGAUCAGGUUUGGGCAAGACCUUUACAACUGUAGCCCCUCAAUCCAAUGGUUUCAAGAGUUAAGGCGUAUGCCAUUGUAACAAAGUGUAAUAUAAUUUGUACAAUACAAAUCUCUUCAAUCAAAUGAAUUUUCCAAAAUCUUCAAGAAGUGCUGGUUGAAGUGUGUGUUAAAGAAUUUAUCUAUGCAUAUUUUAGUACUGUAGGUUCUGUGGUUUGUGCAAUUUAUUAACUUUCUAGAGCACUUGU